CCCCUUCCUGACAAGCUUAAGGUCCAAAUCCUCAUCGAAAUCUCAUAGCCCGACGAGCACACCAACUAUGCGCCUGACGCCCCAAGGCCACCCCUUUGUUCGCACCCCUCACCCUUCUUCUUGGCUGUCCCGAGCUCAUUGGCAUCGCAACACAAAUCUCAUGCAACAGCAACACUGUCGUCAUGUUCAGCAACAUAACCAAUCAAUCAAAUACCCGCCCGGGCAUUACAAUCGCCAUAUUCGCCGCCUCCAUCUCCACCUCACGGACAGAGCGUGGGAUUGGCGCUUUCUCCCCCGGUUCAGUGCAGGCGAGCUAGGAUUCCCGAACCUGCAGCACGGCGAGGUCGGAAUCUGCGGUUUCCAUGGCUAUAUGGACAAAGCCAGAGACGCCCCGACCCAGAAGAAGGCCCCGGACGAAAUGCGGGAUAUGCCCACCGUGGUCACCUACACCAAAGUGCUGGUGGUGCGAUAUAGGCGACGAGACUCGUUUUCGCGGGAUGGGCUGGUCGACCCCAUGGAGUCAAUCGUGUUCGAGAAACUUUCCAUUCAACGCAGAUCGAACUCUACGAUCACUGAGACAUGAAUGUCUUUAUUGGAGUACGACUGGAGGCCGGGGCGAGGGCGUGCUAGCCUCCCUACAUUUGCUGGAGCAAGACCCCCUUUCUCGGAAAGCGCUUUGCACCAAGCGAAUUCAGUCGCACUAAGCUCUCGCUCGAUCUAGAAGUCAUAACGAGCCUCCAUCAUAUCCAUCCUAUCGUAGGCGCUGACAUCGGGCCCACACGACUCCCCUCGCGUCUUCCAGACCGCUCGACCAUUACUUCCCUAGGAGGGUACUGCCCCACAAUGACCCUGGGAUAUGAUAUAAGUAUCACGCUUCUACUUCAAUCCA